GCGGAUGCCGAACGACAUGACCUGGGAGACGUGGCACAUGAGCUCCGAGCACGGGAUCAGCGAGUUUGACCACGACUCGUUCUUCACCUUACACGACAUCGAGGGAAACAAGGCGUGGGAAAAGAGGGAUAUCCUCAAUUUGUACGGGGUGUUGCGCGAGGAGGUGGUGGGUAACGGCGACGGGAUGGGCUCCCAUGACGAAACCGAGGGUAUCAGCGACAAGACGCGUGAAUUUGUGGCUAAUUCCGUUUUGGAGUUGUUGGACACAAACAAGGACGGGAAGGUCAGCCUCGAGGAAUGGCGCAAGUUUAAGGAGGCAGGCGGCUAUUUGAGAGACUAUGGUGUCGGGGUGGGGCACCACUUGGACUUUGAGUCGGAGUACGAGGUACACCACUGGAAGGAGUUCCACGAAAAGGACGACCCGGAUAUGAAGAUCCAGCACGCUGCCGAUGUGGAGCAUGAGUUGUUGCACCACUUGCACGAGAUUGAACACAAGGAUGCGGAGGACUUGGAGGCCGGUAAGGCUGAUUUGAAAGCAUAUCAGCAGUAUUUCAAGCAGGAGCAUAUCCCGAAGAAGUACAGAGUUUAGACAGCUACUCCACAGGAGGCAUCAGUUGCUGCCGUGACCGCCUGGAUAGGUUGUGGUUUGGGUUCUACGUAUUGUAAAAGACUUUGAUGUGGCGUAAGUUGUAAUGCUAUGGCUAGGCCAUUGCUUUUCAAUCUGUUUAAAUAUCUGUCAUCGAGAACUAGCCAUGUCUGUGAUUAUUCGAAAAUGAAAGAGGGGUUUAGAACGGGGCAUCUGGAGAGAUGAAUGAGCUAAAUGAGAGCUUGAGAAUAUGUGCUCAGCUUAUUUUGCCAGCCCCAUUAUUUUUCCUCCCUCGGGUUAUAAUUAUGUUUCCAAAGGUGUGAAUUUAUAGAGUCAGAUCCGCGAUUCUCUGAUUGGUAGCGUUGAAUCAAUAUUAAUAUAAUAGAUCCAGC